CGAUGUGAGCUGAUCUGGGGUCAGUAUGAGCUGCUGCUCUUCAUGAUGCUGCCGCUGAGGAAUGAAGACAGGAGCCGAUACACAACAUUACACGGGCCUCGAGCGUCUCUAUAACACUGCCCUUUUGUCUUGGGGAUGUUAUUCAUGUUGAUCGGACCGAAGCAGAUGAACUAAUGACUGGAGCUUCAAUACACAGCCGCAACAAAAGCAAGCGCGUGGACACAAACCCCGGACUGAGCUUUUCCGUCAGGAUCAUGGGAGAGAAUGGUCCUCUCACGCAGACAGCCAUGCUCUUUGAGGACGAGGAAGAAGACGUGGACAAACUGUGCCGAGAGGAGGACGACGAGGACAAGACGGCCCGGUUCGAGCAGGACGACGACGAGCUGAUCUCGGGCCCGUCGUCGUCCUCGGGCCGCAUCUACGACCGCACGACGGUGCUGAUCGAGCAGGACCCGAUCCGGCUGGACGAGGAGGGCGAGGAGGACGGCAUGGCGUUUGGGGAGGGCGAGGGGGACGAGGGCUCGUUGGCCUUCAUGUGUGACCCCGAUGGCAUGUCGCAGGGGUACAUACACCACACCAUCUCACCGGACCAGAUCCAGUUCAUCAUCAACCCCGGGUCGACCCCAAUGCCUCGAAACAUCGAGGGCGCCACGCUCACACUACACUCCGAGUGUCCCGAGACCAAGCAGAGAGAGGUGAAGCGCUACCAGUGCAUGUUCGAGGGCUGCACGCGCACCUACAGCACGGCGGGAAACCUGCGCACGCACCAGAAGACACACCGCGGCGAGUACACGUUCGUGUGUAACCAGCAGGGCUGCGGGAAAGCCUUCCUCACGUCCUACAGCCUGAAGAUACACGUGCGCGUGCACACCAAGGAGAAGCCCUUCGAGUGUGACGUGCAGGGCUGCGAGAAGGCCUUCAACACACUCUACAGACUGAAAGCACACCAGCGUCUGCACACGGGGAAGACGUUUAACUGUGAAUCCGAGGGAUGCACCAAGUACUUCACCACGCUGAGUGACCUGAGGAAACACAUCCGCACACACACGGGGGAAAAACCAUUCAGGUGUGACCAUGAUGGCUGUGGUAAGGCUUUCGCUGCUAGUCAUCACCUGAAAACACAUGUACGGACACACACUGGAGAGAAGCCGUUCUUCUGUCCGAGCGACGGGUGUGAGAAGACCUUCAGCUCUCAGUACAGCCUGAAGAGCCACAUCCGGGGUCACGACAAAGGCCCGGCGUUCACCGUUAGCGCUCAUCCGCUGUCCGAGGAUGCGAAUCAUUCGCUGUGCCUCAGUGAUUUGAGCCUCAUUUCCACUGACUCUGAGCUCCAGGAGAACCACAAUUCUCAGGGUUUGGAUCUGAACAGCGUCACCCCCAUACGAAUCUUUGAGCUGAUGUUCCAGAGUCCUGAGAACAGUGUCAGCCAGGACGACCCCAAAACCACAGAUCAGCCCGGCGAGGCGUUCGGCCUGGACCCGUGUCCUCCGUCAGCCUCAGACGGGUUCCCCCCGCCCUCUUCAUCCCCCGUUACAUCACCUGAGGCUCAGACUCCUCCCACCUCACAGCCGGCUCCGCCUCCUGCCGCCGGCAGCUCGUCACUGACUCCGCCCACCUCAUCUGUCUCGCCAGAAGUGCCCAUCGCUCCAUCGGCUCCACCGGCUCCCUCAGUCGCGCCGCUCUUCGUGGCUCAGCCGGGGUCGACCGCGACUAGCGCCUCCGUGACCGCGGAGGUGACACACACAGUGCCUUUGGCUCCUCCUCUUCCUCCUCCUCCUCCUCCUCCUACGAUCACCAUCGCCCCCACCCUCGGCCUGCAGCCCAGUAUCGUCAUGUCCGAUCAGAACCUGCAGUGGAUCCUCAGCAGUGCCGCCAGUGCGCAGCAGAACCCAGAACAACAGGGUCCAAAAGUAGAGAAAGUCUUUUUUACAACAGCCAUACCAGUCGGCGGACAUUCAGGGAACGCAGUGCAGCAGAUCGGCCUGAGCCUGCCGGUGAUCAUCAUAAAGCAGGAGGAGUCCUGCCAGUGUCAGUGUGCCUGCAGAGACUCGGGUAAAGACAAAAGCACCGCCUCCUCAGUGGAGAAGACCAAGACCACAUCACCUCCUCCUGCUCCUCCAUCUCUCCCUGAGGAUCCUCCAUCAGAGCCGGCCCCCGAUCCCGUGACCCCCGACCCCCCCGCCGACGGGCUGGACCUGCUCAGCCCGGAGACCACGGCCAACAUCGAGGCCCUGCUGGACCAGUUCCCCAGCGGCGCCCCCUAGAGGUUCAUCUGUACCGUGUACAGAUGCGCAUCUCACACACACCAUCCAAACCAGUGGUUUGUGGUGCACUUUGAAGGCAGGCAGAGCAGCUUCUCAUAAUGCUCAGGGCUGCGCGAUUAAUCGACAUUUACACGUAAUCGCACUUAAAUCGAGUUGGCUUGUCGGGAUUUUGAAAUGGCAAAGACUGUGAUUAUUAGUUAUCUGCAACUGCGAGUUUCAGUCGCUUAUAACGUGCAGCUUUAUUCGCAUUUAUGAACAAAAGACAACAUUAAUAACAUGCUUUUACUCCAAACUCCCUUCAUAAACACAGCUGAGCUCGUCCUUCUGUGAGAUGAAUAAGGCAGUCAUGUGUUUAUUAGUCGUGUUUAUCAAUCGAAGCGUUUCAAUCGUCUGUUUAUUCAGGUACAGAGACACUAUGGAGCCCAUAGGGGUUUCCUGGAGUGAUGUGCGUUAUCGUACUUCUGCGGGGGAUAUUUUCAGUGUGUGUGACGCCCUCUGGAGUUUAGCAUUUACUACCGAUCAGCCGCUAGACAAACUGCAAUAAUCGCAGCCUUUGCCAGAUCGCGUGCGGUUUUACUGUGAUUAAUCGUGCAGCCCUGAUUAGCUUUGAGUCUCAUUAGCUUUUAACCCCGCUCAAUUAUUAAUAUUUGACAUUUGCUUAUAGAGAUUCAACGUACAAAACGAGGCAUACAUGCUGUACUUAACUUUAAACUUGAAAUCCACUAGAUCGAUCAUGGGAUAUAUAUAUAUGUGAGACUUCAACAGUAAGGCCUCCAUCAUGGCUUGAAUCAUCUACUCUGAAGUCCUGCACAUUGAAGUAUUUUAUGUGUAAUUUAUUGGAAAGGCUGCAGUGGUUAAUGUGAUUUAUGAGAUGCUUUAUUUUACGGUUUGUCCGUCUGGAUGAACUGCGAUGAACAUUUCCCUGCCUUUUAAAUGUAAUUUCGAGGUUUGUUUUGGCUGCCUAUAACUUAGUAUUUAAUUUUAUAUAUGUUAAUUUAUUAAAAUACUCAAUUGUUGGAUUAAUGUAGCUCUUUUACCCACAUUUUCAAUCAAUUUUCGCUCCCCUAACUGGGCGGAGCAAGAUACUUUAAGUGGAUCUCACGAAACCUGUCUAGAAAUUCUUCGGGUCAUAUUUCCCAUAAUCAAAAGGAGAAAUGAACGUUUUUUUUUAGUUUUUUGCAUAAAGAAAUUAACCCAAUUGUAGAACCGUUUAGAAUAUUAUGGCUAUUAACAUCCGCGAUGUUCAUGUAAAAAAAAAAAAAA